AAUACAGGUGAUCAAUACCGAUGCUGGUAGUGUGGUUUUGUAAACUUUGAGUUGUGUGAUAAGAUUAUUUUGGUUUAUUUUUGACGUGAUGUUGUUAAACGGUAGUCAACGGUUAAUUAGUUUUCAGUGAAGUCAUACUGUAUGAUUUCAAGAAUGCCUGAAUCAGGUGAACAAGCUGCGGGAUCUUCUGUUAGCACUUCGUCUGCCAAAGAUUCCAAGGAAAAUGCAAAGGAGAAAAAACUGUCCUCUGGUUCUUUAGGCGGUAGUGAUGGAGUCAGACCAAAAAUGGUUACAGUAAAGCAUCCAGAAUCAAAUAAACCGAAACCCACCGUGAAGAAAAAUAAGCCUAUAUCUGCAGAUUUGGACGUUGCCAAGGACUUCAUAAGAUGCAGAGAAGAUGGUGUGACUAGGUUGGAUUUAAGUAAAUCUAGUAUAACGCAACUGCCUUCAACAGUGCGUGAUUUGACACAUCUAAUCGAAUUUUAUCUGUAUGGCAACAAAUUAGUAACACUGCCUCCAGAAAUAGGUUGUUUGGUGAAUUUACAAACAUUGGCACUGAGUGAAAAUUCCUUGACUAGUUUACCAGAUGCUUUAGCAAAUUUAAAGCAUCUCCGGGUUUUGGAUUUGAGGCAUAACAAAUUAAGUGAAAUUCCAGAUGUUGUUUAUAAGUUAACAUCAUUAACAACACUUUUUUUGAGGUUUAACAGAGUUAGAGUUGUUGGUGAUGACAUCAAAUAUUUAAGGAACCUGACUAUGUUGAGUUUGCGUGAGAAUAAGAUAAAAGAGUUGCCAGCAGGAAUAGGAAAAUUGGUAAAUUUGAUUACAUUUGAUGUUUCACACAACCAUUUGGAACACCUGCCUGUAGAAAUUGGCAACUGUGUUCAGCUUUCAACCCUUGAUCUUCAGCAUAAUGAGCUGUUGGACAUACCUGAAUCAAUUGGCAACCUCCAGUCACUUAUAAGACUUGGAUUGAGGUACAACCGUCUCACAGGAAUACCAAAAAGCCUGAGUAAUUGUGCCCAUAUGGACGAGUUCAAUGUUGAAGGAAAUGCAAUUUCACAACUCCCUGAUGGUCUCCUUUCCAGUUUGUGUGAUUUGACAAGCAUAACUCUGUCAAGGAAUUCUUUCUCUUCAUAUCCUUCAGGUGGACCUGCACAGUUCACUAAUGUUUAUGCUAUAAAUUUGGAGCAUAAUCAGAUUGAUAAAAUUCCCUAUGGAAUUUUUUCACGUGCAAAAAAUCUGACAAAAUUAAACAUGAAAGAAAAUCAGUUAACAUCCUUGCCUUUGGAUGUUGGUGCUUGGUGCAAUAUGGUAGAACUGAAUCUGGGAACAAAUCAACUAACGAAGAUUCCAGAUGAUAUUCAGUGUCUACACUGCCUGGAAGUUUUGAUUCUGUCCAACAAUUUGCUGAGGCGAAUACCAGCCAGCAUUGGAAACUUGAGGAAGUUGCGGGUGUUGGAUUUGGAAGAAAACAAAAUUGAAUGCUUGCCAAGUGAAAUAGGUUUUCUUAGAAACUUGCAAAAACUUAUCGUGCAGUCUAAUCAAGUGAUAACUCUACCAAGAGCCAUUGGUCAUUUAACUAACUUGGUGUAUCUGAGUGUUGGAGAAAACAACUUGAGCUACCUCCCUGAAGAGAUAGGAACUUUGGAAAACUUGGAAUCCUUGUACAUCAAUGAUAAUGCAAAUCUCCACAACUUGCCAUUUGAACUCGCCCUUUGCACAAAUUUGCAGAUCAUGAGCAUCGAGAACUGUCCAUUAUCUCAGAUUCCUGCAGAGAUCGUGGCUGGUGGGCCAUCACUUGUGAUUCAUUUCUUGAAAAUGCAAGGUCCUUACCGAUCAAUGUGAAGCUAAACAGGACCAGUUGAUGUGACACAUGGUGUUGUUGCAUCCCAGCAAUGACUCGGACUCAGCUUUAACACGUGGCCAAAUGUUGUGCUGCAACAUUACUAUCUGCCACAGGAGUCAGUCUUCAGGAAGUGUUGUGCCUGCCACAGCAGUUAUGUGAGCUCUCUUUAGUUAUUUGACAUAUUUUAGUUAUUUUGACAUAAAUAGUUGUUCAUAAUACAAAUUUGAAAAAUAAUGUGAUAGUUCUCUUCUGCAGUGUAAUUUUGUCUUUAGAGCAACCUUGUAUCUUAUAUAAUAUUUUUAAUAGUAAAAAUUAGAAUGUAAAUAAAAAUUAUAGUGAAUUUAUUUUAGGACAGUGAUGCAGAGUUGAAAAAAUGGUUAGUCUUGUUCCUACAUAACUCCUGCACAAAUAGUAUUUAAUAUGUGAUAUUACAUUGUAUGCAGUAUACAGGCUUUUCCUGGACCAAAGCGAGAAUGUACUUUCAGAGGGGUUAAUGUGUCAUUUUUGAGAACAUUUGUUCAGCUCUGAAUGGUUCAUGAACUAUGGAUGAUUGAAUGUGAAAAUUAAAAUAAAAGUAAGAGCAUGUGAUGAAUUGGUUGCAACUUCAUUGCUGCAAACUGCAUUAAGAAAUGUCUGUGCUUAGAGGAUCAACACAUGCUGUGUGCACCAUGAGUGGUAACAUUUUCAAAAUAAAUUAUAAUGGCAUAUCUUUGUGUUCUUUGUUUUUGAGUUUUAAGCAAGACAUUGAUCGGUCCAACAUGGGUAAAAUAUUUCAUGCAAAAUGAUACAUAAUGUUAUAUGUAAGUCAUAUGUCAAGUAAAUGAUUUUGCUUGGUAAUGCUGCAUAAGUUAGAGAUUCAUAGAUUCUUUUCACACUGUGCACAAAUGUUACGUGAGUUUACACUGAUGCAAAGCCAAAUGUGAAGUAGUGUUGGAUUGCCUGCCAAUAUUGACAGGUUAAUGUAAUAUAUUUUCUGCAGCAACUGUAAUCUGAAAUUGCCUCUGAGUUGAUAUAUUCUGUGCAUCAAUAUUGAACACUAUUAAAAACUAUAAGUGAAAAUUAGUAUUCUUAAUGUGCAUUGUAAAAUCUACAUCAAAUUUCUUUGUUGAAUCUUGUAAAAGUUAUAGCCUUUUGAUAUCAGAUUAUUCUUGGUAUAAAUUCUGUAUUGUGAACUGUAUAUUAAUAUUAUUAAAUAGUUAAAUAGUGAAAGUUUUCAAAAAAUUGUGUGUAGAGGUUUGUGUGAGAAAGUGUGUGUGUAAACGAAUGUAUGGAAACAUUUGUUUGUUUUUGUGAGAGUGGUUGAAUUUUGAUAUGAUGGCUCUGUUGUGCAUGUCUUUCCCCCAUAGGCAGAUUUGGGUGGAGCAUGGGGGCACAUUGCUCCCCCCCCCCCUUUUAUGCUUAAAAAUUGACAUGGAGUUUAAUAUGGUUCCGUUAAAAUUACGUUUGUUAUUACUAGAGACCUGAAACUGGCGGUGUUAUUUUUGGCCAAAAGCUGUAUUAUUUUUGUCAAAAAGCGGUGUUAUUUUUUUAUCUGGAUAAUUAAAUUAAAUAGUUGUAACUGAUAGGCUUAAUAUUUGUUACAUAAUUAAUUUUCUUUGGCAUAAUUUAUAAUUAUCCUAAUUUGAACACACUCUUUACAUUUGCUUAAACCAAAAGUACUUAACAAUGAAAACAUGAAAUUUACAGUUGUACAUAAAAAUUGCUCAGCACUGACUGUGAAACUUCCAUACAGAAAUUUUUUAGUCACUUGUUAGCUUAAUGCAUUGUUCAGUACAUAACAUAAGAAAUUAAAGUACUGUUCAUCAUAUGAAGAACCACAGAAAAAAUUUCAUUUCACUAAUGGACACUAUGUGUUAAAAAUUCCCUUUUAAAAAUUUUACACACACAUUAGCUUAACCUAACUGUUGCAUAAAAUUCUUUAAAAAAAAAAUCAAUCGUUAAAGGAUAGCAUUGUAAACACUUCAAUAUUCUCUUCUUUUAAGUUCUGCCGUCUAUCUGAAACAACAAUAUUGUAGUGACUCAACAACCUCUCGCUCUCAACAUUAUUUGUAGGCAUCCAUAUUGAUUUAAGCACAGCUGAAGCAAACUGUUGAUAGUCAGUUGUCAGUGCAGUGAGAAUUUUCACUACAUCAACAACUUCACCAGCUCUGCACAGUGACUCUGCUGCAUCUUUUAGAGACUGGUACCCUUUAAGAAGGCCAACACUGUCUAUCAUCUUCAGGUCAGCAAUGGAUUUUAGUUGUGUAACUAUGUUUUCAGUAUUGUUAAGCAGAAUGUUCUUAGGGUUGAAAAGCUGGUUCAAUGACCUGUAAACAUGUGCACAAGAAUCACUGUUCAUGAGUGUAUGCAGUUUGUUCAUGCACAGUGUUGUGGCUUUUUGGCAGUUGUGCUUCACAUGUGCAAUGUCAGUGGUGUUCAAAUUUUUGAGGACACUACUUUAUAAAAGUAUUGGAAAAUAUACCCUUUGCUGCACAGUCCAAACCUUUUUGUAUAUUUUCCAGAUCCCCAUACAGAGUAUGUGAUGUAGGGUACUUAGACCCUUCAAGUUUCAUUAGCAGAUCCAUUUCAGAAGCAUGCUGCUGUACAAAAAUACACUGUGCUAAAAUUACGGAUACUUCUUUGUCUGAAAGCAUGAUAAGAUACUUAAUUCCUGCAUUGUUAGUUUUCUGAAAGUCACUAUUUCUGAAAAAGUUAAUAAUUCCCAAAAAAAUAUUCAGCCAGGUAGAACACUGCACGAAACCAUGAAUUCCAACGAGUAUUGACUGGCAUUGGAAACAGUUUAUCUGGUUUCACAGUUUCUUCUUGCAAAUAUUGCAAAUAUUGGUGUUUCCUCUUGCGAGUGUUUAAAAAGGCAGACUUUACCUUCACUACGACAUUGUUUACCUCAACAAGUUCACAUGACAACACAUUUCCUACUAGGGAAACUUUGUGGGCCCAGCACUGAAUAUGGAGUACGUGAUCUCCAUGCAGAACUUGCAAGCUGUUGACACACUUUGUCUUGUCGCGAGCUGAGUCUGUAACCAAGCCUCUGAUGUUCUUGUAUGAAAUUUCAUACUUAUUAUACAUUCUGAAAUAACUUGUGCACAUGUGGUCGCAUCCGCUUUUGCAAGAAAAUUAACUGUAGCUACUACUACCUGAGGUUCGCCUACUGGUUCUUGGAGCACUAGAAAGAGUACCACAAAAACACAUCUUCCCUGACUGUCUGUAGUCUCAUCCAAAUAGAUAAAAAUUAGUAACAAUUUCCAUCACGUUUUCAAAGUGGUAUUCAGCAAGUUUAGGAACAUACUUUUCCCUCAGUGUUUUGACACAAGGCAUGUCUCCAGAACCUGCCACAAAUUCAUUUAGCCAUACCCUUAUGUUAGGAUCAUCCAAUUUUUGAAGAGGUAUGUUAGCUUUAGCGAAGGCCUCUGUUGUCCUCAGUGCCAAAUGUUCGACGUCUGCUUUUUUACGUUUAGCACUACCAAAGCACUCUGCAACAGAGCUCUGAAUUUUUUUACCAGCACACCCAUUUUCGUAUUUUUUUCUUUUAGUUAUGUGUUUUUCGCUCUUGGUGUGCUUUAUCACGGUGUCUUUUCUCUCAAAUGUGACUUUACAAUUACAAAAUUUGCACAUUAACGUCGCCGUAUGGGGUGCAUAUAGCCCAUCGCUUUUGAAAUUGUCGGCACGUUGCCGCGCACUUGCAGCAUUUUUCGGCAUAUUUUUACACAAACUCAAGUUAUUUUAUUUUAAUGUUCCCAUGCAGCAGUAAAAUACAAUACAUUAAACGAAAGAAGUGGCAACACUGCAAUGUGAAUGCUCCGUCUCUCUCUGUUCCGCUCAGCGUUUCCAACCGUACGGUCCUGACCGUACAUGUACGGUAAUUUCACUGUGUGUACGGACGUACGGUGUUUAUCUUAUACUUCAGCUGGAAUCGCGUUUAUAACACAUAGCAUUGAUCCUUACGGCAGACGUGCGAACGACUGCCGGUUGUUUGUGGGAAAAAAAGCUGAUUCUUCCCAGCAUGCAAUCUUUUGUGGCGUCACAAAUUGUUUAUUCCCAAGGUUUAUUCCAUAACUGUGUUGUGUAAGAACAAGAUUUUAUUUUGUUUAUUUCGUAAUUCUAUUUCAUGGCAAAAUUAAAUCACGAAGUCAUUAUUGUGCAAUAGUUUUAUAAAUAUAAUCGUAAAAAAAAAUUCAUGUACGGACCUGGAAAAGAAAAUAUGGUCCAAAUGACAUUUUCGUACUGACAUUUCUUGCUGAAGGGUUGGCAACGCUGGUUCCGCUUACUCACAACUUGCCGCCUCCUUCCAGCCAUUACAUCAACAGUAUCGCUCAUGUAUGACGUGGAGUUGUGGUUGCGUAUAUUAUGUUUAUUUUGUGUUGUGGUCACAUCUCUUAGCAGCAAUAUAUUUCGUUCUUCCAUACAUACAUGUAAAGUAUGUGAUUUUCGAAACUUAAACAGUGGCAGGCUACCGCUAAGGUUGGUUAGUUUUUGUUCUGACAAUGGCGAUGCCGGCGAACUCAAGAUGAAACCAAGUUUGUUACCGUACAUUUCUUAAAAUUUAGUGUGUAUACAGAAAACUAAACAAAAUCGUAUUAUUUCGCGACUAUUAAUGAAAUUCACGUUAUUUUUCACGUUAUCGCGAUCGCGAAAAUUUCAGGUCUCUAGUUAUUACCCUUGUGCCCCCCCCCCCCCCCCCUUCCCACUCCCAGAAAAAAUCCUUGAUCCGCCCUUGCUUUCCCCUAUUAAUUUAACUCUCACAUUACAAUUUAAAAUUAAAUUUAGUAUUAAGAAGUUUUUCAUGUCUAGUUUUGUCUUAGUUUUUAUGUGUGUUCAACAUCUGUUAAAAAAUAGUACUUUAUAUAGGUCACAUAAUUCAUAAUACGCACCAAGUCCAAAAAUAUGCACUGACUCAUCAUCUUUUGUUGAUUAAAAUUUUUAUUUAAUAUUUACAGAGAUUAAGCUAUCCUUUAUAGACUGGCACUGUACCUCAACAAAUCUAGUGACUUUUAGCCAUGUUGUUAUGACUUCUUAAGAAUACUGUAAAGAUAAAAGCAUUUUUUUAUCUUUAUAGAAAUUGCAAUUUGACUUCCUAGGCUAGAUAGCCUUGCUGCGUUAGCUUUAUAAAUACAAGUAGUUACUUAUUAAUGCACAAAAAAUACUUAGUUGAUGUACUUUAGUGAAGCAAACUAAGAGAAUGUAAAACUAUAUUGUUAAAUAUUGUUAAAAAUAAAUGUUAUACAAAUAUUGAAGUUUCAGUGAAUUUACUGUUGACGAAUAUAACUGCACAUAAAAUAGUGUGUUCAAAAAUUCUUUUGUAUUUAUUUAUCUGUAAGUGAACUGUUGUGAACCAUUAAGCUCAAGUUAUUGAUUGACCAAACAAUGAACUACUUUCCGGGUAAUAACUUUAUCACAUCUCUUAAAAAAAAAUUCUUAAUUAAAAAUGCUAUGUGAUCACUUUACUGGAUGUUCUUAUGAAUGUUUUAACUUUUCUGUAAAUUUCUAUAUUCACUGUUUGCAUUUGUCUUUAGUGUAGUCUAUAAAAACUCUUGUGUAACCAGUAGUCAUACUGAAGUUGUGCUGUAAAUUUCCAACAUGGACAGCUGUUAUAAGUAGACAUCCUGUCCUUGAAUAAAAAUGUUUAGCCAACUUUAUGUGUUGGAUUGAUUGUUUAUAAGGUUUCAAUGCAAGCUGACUGUACUUGUAGGAAAAUUUAGUUGAAAUGGUUUAAAGUUGUUUGUUAACCUAGUAGGUACCUAACACUACAGAUCUCUAAGGUUAUGUCUCAACUUGUCGAAAGUUAGUACUUGCACCUUUACAUUCUGAAAUGAUGUAGACAGAGUGCCAGUGAAGGAAUAGUGACCAAGGUAUUGACGAUGCUAACUUCUUACACACUUAAAUCUCUCUUUGCACACAAACUGGCUCUCAUAUUUGUAUUUUAAGGUUGUUUAUUUCUGGUCACUGCCAUGUGUAUAACAUUUACUACUGACCCAUACACUUUAUACCAAGCUAAGUUUUUUCAUUACUAUUAAGUUAUCUAAAAAGGAAUUAUGUUAAUUAAUUGCUGAUGUCUGUAGACAAUUUGUAUUCUUAUGCUAAGGUGAAUCAUAUUGAUGCUAUAUUUAUCACUACCAUAUAGAAAGGAAUGGAAAAAAAAUUUAUCAAUAGCAUUAAUCUUGAUUUUAAGGAUGCAUUUUCUCCACACAUACUAUGUAAAUAUGCAGAAUCAGAUGUUUCAGCUUUGACAUGCAAUGUUGUACCAGUUACAAAGUGUAGAUGUCUCAACUGAAAGUAAGAGGGAAAGAGCAAGGGAACGAGAUAACUACUUACACACUCAAGUUGAGACACCACCUGAGAUGUGUCUUGAAACUGUAUUAUGUCUUAACUUGUGUUUUUGUGAAAUUAUAUGUUAUGUGUUUGAAAUAUUGUAUUUAAAGAAAUAAUUUCUGUGUUACUAUACUAAAUUACUAUUUGUGUUUUUGUGAAGUUGUAUUUGAUGUUUGUAUUACAAAAGCUCUUUCAAAAAAAGACUUUUGUAAUUUUUCUUAUGUAUUUUUUGUCAAAUGAAUCACACAUGAUAGCACUGAAAAAGAUUUCUCUGCUUUUCUUCAUCCUUUGUGAAAUAAAUCCUUGGAAGUUUGGGUAACAGUUUGUUGACAGUGUAAAAUGAUGUCCCAGAUGAUAGCAAGAUAUAGUUUAUCCUUAAAUUUGUAUAAGCCAACUGUUGAAUUUGUUUGUAUUCUAUGUGCAUAUUAAUUAGUGUACGUUUGCAGUAGGUACUCGCAAAACUUAAUGUUUUAUGAUUGUGGUGUGUAUUCAUAUAAAGUUAUAAUGUAUAAGUAUUGCAAUUUGCAAAUAUGAUAAAUAAUAUUUUUAGUGCAUAUUCUUAAAAACUACUUAAUUGAAAAAAAAAUAACUUGCUGAUAUUCAAACUAUAAUUCUGAUAAAUGCAUUUUGUACAUUAUGCUCUAUAUUGUGUGCUGUGUAAUUAAUUCUCCAUAACAAGCAAGCAACAGAAAUUCUGAAAUUUUUUCAAACAUUUCAGUCAUUACAAGCUGUUAUUUAAAGUCUUUCAUGCCUCUAAUUUUAUGGUCUGGUAAGUUUUUACACUACGUAUAUUUAAUGUGUUCUACAUUUUAAUUCCAAAAACUCAAGAAACAAGGUGAUAUUUUUGUUCAUGCAGGUGAAAGCAGCAGGUGAUAUUAUUUUAAUAAAUGUAUUUUUCAUAUUAGUACAAUCCAUUCAAGAAGUACUUUAAACUAACUCCUUAACAAGAAAAACAUGUUAUUUGACUUCUUUGAUUGAAAUUGAUUGAAGGUGUUUUAUACUGCACAUUUUUAAUAACUGUAUGUUAUUGUAAUUUUAAAAGCCAGUUUCAUUAGAAAAUGUUUUUAAUAAGACUUUGAUUAGAUAUUUGUGUGUCCAGGAGGUAUGUUCACUAUCUUUUAAGUUUACCUUUUAAGAGAUGAGGUCAGUAGCCAUGCCAGUGUUAUUUAAUAUUUUCGAAGCAAUUCAUUAAUUCACUAUCCUUCUGUCCUUAGUUUAAUGGCUGGGUUUGAGGUGGCGUUAACAUGGUAUUUAUUGUCUUCUCUAUAAAAUAGCAGAAUGAUGAAAGGAAAUUCAUUGAAAAUAACUGAAAUGAGACAUGGAUACAAUAAGAUAGGCAAGAGUUUACUAUAUUGUUUAAGAUAGCUUUCAAUUUUAAUAUAGAGCAAUAAAAUUAGUAUAAAAAUGAUAGAAUUUAUGUUUUAUUACAGUAAAUCAUAUCUUUAUUCAUAUUAGAAAUUCCUUAGGAACAUUAUUUUAUGCUUGUGUUUUAAGUGACAUAAGUUUUAAGACCAUUUUAUUUAUGAUUAUUUUAAAUUUACAUUUGACAAACACAUUUAGUAUGUACAUAAUAUACAAGAUGUUGCUAACUAUCUGAAGGUAUUUAAAUAUUUGGUAUAUUAAUGUAAGUACAGUAGAACCUGCAGUAGAGUGUAUCAAUGCCAGAAAAAUAAACACAGUUGAUAAGUAGAAUGAUUUGCAGUGGUAGCUGCAGUGCAGGGACUACCCUUUUUUUAUGGUACUACCUCCGUCAGAGGCAGCAUCUGGUUGAGAGAGAAGCAGGGAGGGAAUUGCAUCUGGUUGGGUGGGAGCCAAGAGCAGUUGGUGGCAAUUGACCUGCACUAAAAAAAGGGGGUUGUCUGUAAAGUCGGUUUACGGACGAUAAUUUUACAUGAUAACGUCAUAAGAAAACAUUGAUGAAAAAUUGCAUACUUUUUAAUUUUCAAAUAUUAUUUACAGUUUUUUUCAAAUUUAAUUUAAAUAAUUUGUUUUAAUAUAAUCACGAACAAUUAGUUAUACAAAUAAACUGAAAUCAAAUCAAUGUCAAUAAAUUGUUAAUUUGAAAAGACGAAAUUGGACAAAUAAAUCAAAUUUUUAAAUUGCUGCUUUUAAAAAGCCCGCCUUAACCUGUUUGAUAUUAUAGAAGAUUUUCUCGCACGGUGGUUGGUCGGUUCUUGCACGCUCAGCUCAGGCGGAACGUGACAAUGAGUCAUGCUUUUUCGUGCGUGCAGCCUGCAUUCAUCGAUUUAUAAGACGUUAUCACGCCAAAAAUGCUUUGUUUGUUUUCUUACAGUGUUUCAAAACAAUACUGGCUUUUAUUAAGCUAAGGAAGAUAAAUAAUUAAUGCUGAAAACCAUUUGGGUAUGAGCAUUUUAGGAAACAGUCUGCUACAUCUUAAAUACACCAACUUUCCUUUAAAAACUCGGAUUGUCUUCAUAAAAGUUUCGUGUGAAGCCGUAAUGCUGUGUUACCAAACCAUCUUGCCUUACAUUUUUUUUCUUUACUAACAGAGGAUAAUAAAAUCUAGGUAGUGUUGUUAUGAAAAGCUUAGAGAUAGUGUUACAGUGAAUACAGCACUUAUUUUAUCUUCUUUUUUAGUAUCAAGCUUUUACUCCACUGGAUACAGGUGUUAAUUUUUGUAUUUAAAAUGUUGGACUGAUAAAAGUGAUAAAUUAAAAUUUUACAAAAAUAGUAUGACAUAAAUCAAACUUAAUGAAUUUAGAUUUAUUAGGGAAAGAAGGGAAAUCAAGGUUGGAAUCUCUCAGCAGUAUUGAUAUGUGCCAUCUUGGGGAAAAAAAACGAACUACAGAAAAUCAUUUGAUACCUCUGGGAUCAUAUGAACCAGUUUUCUUACAUAAAUUCAAUAUUUUUAACAGCCAAGUUUUUAAUGCUUGAUUUACAUCUGUAUUAAACUUGGUUUUUGCUUGACCAAGAUAAAUAGAAUAUUAUAGUUUAUUAAUUAUUUAUUUACAUUUGCUUGGGACAUUUCACGGGAAACUAAUUUUUCCUUAGUUUAACUUUUUGAAUCUAUGGGUUAUCUGAUAUUGUAGGGGUUUCUGUUUUGUGGUAAUUGCAGUAUGUUUCCAUCGUGAUGAUUUUACAUGUCGGUGCAGGCAAGCAACAUAUUAAAAAAUUUUGAUUUCCAACUUUAUUUCUUGUUACUGAUUUGUUAUUAAUGUUUUCAUUGCUUUUGAUGUUGAUAUUUCAGGAAAGAUAGAAAAGUAUAUUAAAAGAAAAUGUAUUAUGUCUGAUGGAAACCGAACAUUGGGUUAUGAAUGCCUCUGUGGAAGUCCUUUACUCAGUGAUGACUGAGCUGGAACUUGAAACACAGUUACUAGUGUAUUCUAGAUGAUUCACUUAACUUGGUUACUAGCAUGAUGCAGUGUGUCCUGGGGGAGACAGCAUGUUUUACGUUAGGUGUGAAAGCAAGUGACAGUUUAAAGAUUUGUGGAAAGCCAAGUGUAGGAUUGUUGCAUCAUGAGUUUAAAUAAGCAUUUGAGAAAUUACCAUUUUCAAAAUUUACUCAGAAAAGCAGUAUUUUAAGUCAGGGAUGGUAUUGCUAAAUGAUUCCAAGUUUUAUUUAAAUAAUAAUUUUGAGUGGCAUUUUAAAAAUGUUUUUCAAUUCCAUAUCCAUGUGACACAUAUAUAAGUCCAAAUUUUAAUUUUUGUUUAAGUGUAUGUCUAUACAUUUGUGGUUAAAAUUUUCUAUUGAAAUUGUAGUCAGUGUGGGUGAUUACAAUGUAACAUUCACUUUGGUUAUUUUUCUUUUCUUUAUUAAAUUAACACGACACUGUCGUGCCUUAUGGGAAACUGCAGUGUACUAAAAUAUUUAAAAGAAAAGCUAACACUCGCAAUAUAAACUAGGUUUUGGCUUAGGAUAGGUGCUGUACAAGUUAGAAGUCCACAAAUUAUCCAAUUACACAAAUGAAUUUUACUAAUGCUUGAAACAAAAAAUGAAUACAAAGUAACCCUUACAAUAAUUAUAAAUUAUUUAUAAAUGCCUACUUUACAUGAAGGUAGUUCCUUGUCUUUUCAUUUAUUUCAAUUAUUUAUUUUUCACAGAUUUUAUAAAAUUGCACAGCUUAUACCUUGAUACCAGUAGUGACUAAAUUGCAGGCUAAUGGUCUUCAUUAAGAAUUACUUUUUUGAGUUUGUUAUCACCACCUAAACAACACUGUUCCUAUUCACUGUCACAAUGGGAUCCCUUGGUUUGAUUUUUUUUUCCCUUCGCAAAACUGCCAUUGCUGGACUUACUUGUUCAAGUAGUGAUUUUACCACAGCGAUGACAAUCCGCAUUUAGUUGAAGUCUGGAGUCUCAAUGGGAUCCCUUGGUUUGAUAUUUUUCCCCCCGCAAAACUUCCAUUGCAGGACUUACUUGUUCAAGUAGUGAUUUUACCACAACGAUGACAAUCCGCGUUUAGUUGAAGUCUGGAGUCUCAAUGGGAUCCCUUGGUUUGAUAUUUUUCCCCCCGCAAAACUUCCAUUGCAGGACUUACUUGUUCAAGUAGUGAUUUUACCACAACGAUGACAAUCCGCGUUUAGUUGAAGUCUGGAGUCUCAAUGGGAUCCCUUGGUUUGAUAUUUUCCCCCCCGCAAAACUUCCAUUGCAGGACUUACUUGUUCAAGUAGUGAUUUUACCACAACGAUGACAAUCCGCGUUUAGUUGAAGUCUGGAGUCUCAAUGGGAUCCCUUGGUUUGAUAUUUUUCCCCCCGCAAAACUUCCAUUGCAGGACUUACUUGUUCAAGUAGUGAUUUUACCACAACGAUGACAAUCCGCGUUUAGUUGAAGUCUGGAGUCUCAAUGGGAUCCCUUGGUUUGAUAUUUUUCCCCCCGCAAAACUUCCAUUGCAGGACUUACUUGUUCAAGUAGUGAUUUUACCACAACGAUGACAAUCCGCGUUUAGUUGAAGUCUGGAGUCUCAAUGGGAUCCCUUGGUUUGAUAUUUUCCCCCCCCGCAAAACUUCCAUUGCAGGACUUACUUGUUCAAGUAGUGAUUUUACCACAACGAUGACAAUCCGCGUUUAGUUGAAGUCUGGAGUCUCAAUGGGAUCCCUUGGUUUGAUAUUUUUCCCCCCGCAAAACUUCCAUUGCAGGACUUACUUGUUCAAGUAGUGAUUUUACCACAACGAUGACAAUCCGCGUUUAGUUGAAGUCUGGAGUCUCAAUGGGAUCCCUUGGUUUGAUAUUUUUCCCCCCGCAAAACUUCCAUUGCAGGACUUACUUGUUCAAGUAGUGAUUUUACCACAACGAACAUCUCGUGUACCUUGUCUUCCAUACGCUUGUUGCUCACCGAAGACAGUGCAACCAGACCAACACAACCCAGAACCUUGCACUGUCCAUCUGCACCGUCACCUCUUCACUUCAUUUGAAAAUAUUCAGAUUCAUUUCUGCAGUUCGGACACCCAUCACUUCCACGACGGCCUACUCUCUAACCAUUCUCUUGCCGUGUCUGGCCAGCAUUUGUCUCACUGCGCAACCGUCCACGUUCAGUGCGCACCGCUGGUCUGCCCACUCUCGGCUGUCCCUGAAGACACUUCCCACGCACGCGCACUCGCCACGGAACAAGCACUACAUUCUCAGAACUAUGCCGCCCAAUAGCCGUAUUAAAACCAUAGCCCAGCCAUUAAUACAUACAUGCAUAGUGUAAAAUAUGAUCAGUAAACAAAUAUGUUUAAUGAACACACAGCACUAAAUUAUGGCUACAUAAUUGCUCUGGUCAAAAUGAAACAAUUCAAUCUCUUAUUGAUUUGAAAAGAUAUAGGCUACAACAACUUAGGUACAUUCCUUGGAUCAUUUUAAGAUAAAACACUGUCAUCAUUCAUCUACUUGGGUGAACAACAUUAUGGUUGGUCUGCCAUCUCUAUAACUAUGUUCAAAAUGAAAUUAUUUCAUGCAAGUGAGAAAGAAGUAUUUUUAUUAGGAAAAAAAGGAAAUUUUUUUUUUCACAUUUGCAGUCACUAAGUUGACUGUUACUGUUUUGUUGUUUUGUAACAGUUUGCUGUCAUUUUAAUGAAUGCAAAUGGUUUGUACAAGUGUCGUUAAAAAAAUAACAGUUGUAACAUUGUUGGUUUAUCUGUAGAUUUUUCACUAGAAUUGAAAAGUUAAUUGAGGCCUGGCAGUAGUAAAUGAAAUGUGACAGUAGUUAUUUAUCAUGCAUUAAAAUUGAGUUAAGUAAAUGUUAGGGUCUUGCAAAGGCCACCAAAAAUAUAUUUCAAUCUAACUUUUAACUAUACUAAACACAUAAUUUAGUUUUAAUAUAUUUUAACCCCAUCUUUGUGUUGCUGCUAAAUGUUUUCCUGCCAAGUGUACUGUUUUUGUUUGGACCUGCCUUUUAUCCUGUGUUAAGCAUUUAUUAUGUACCAUAACUAACACAGCAGUUCUAAAUGACUUGCCACAACAUGCAAUAUUGAUAGUAGUUCCUUUCCAUGUAGCUAACCUCUCAGGUGAAGUUUAUAGAAGUUUUACUUAAUGUUAUUUCUACAAAUACUCAAUUUUGUGAUGUGUAAAUUGUAUUUUACAUAUGUAUCCAGUUGGUAUAACUACUGUUUGUCGUUUGAUGUGAUGAUGUGGGAUCGUGUGUGCGUUGUGCAUGCAUAGCUGAAUAUGAAUAUUGAUUUCUGCUGGCUAGCCUCUGAAUAGUGUUGACACAUGCUGCCCACACACCUUAUAUUAGCGUGCUCUCUGUGGAGUCCACACACGCUACUACGGUUAGUGGCACGAUACGUAUUUACUCCUGGCCAUCAUUAGUUUGUCUAAGAUUGUCAUGACUUUUAAUCUGGUAAGGAAAGUUUUUAGGUUUUGCAGCUUCAACUAAGACUGGAUCAAAACAAAAGUGUUUUCUACAAAAGAAACAUGCAAUGUCAUUCACAGUCUUUUAAUGUUUUGCUGCUCGUUGCCAGUCACAACGCUGUCGUUCGUCUCACAGCGCGAUCUUUAGCGUGAUGUGCAGCAUGGACUAUAAACAAAAAAAAAAGGAAUGCAACGACAUAUGUUUGACAUAAAGUCAUGAUUAAAUGUUAGAACUAUAUUUAUUAUUUCUUCCUGAGUACACACUUCCCCUUUAUUCACAUCAACUUGCAGUGUGUAAAAUUGUAUUUCUGCCACUUGCAGUGUGUAAAAUUGUGUUUCUGCUGUCUGUCCUCUUACCUUGUGUGUAUUUCUACUCAGAAAUCAUUAUGCAACGCUUGCUUUCGAACCUCUCCUGUUGUUGCUUGCUAGCCCUAUUUUGGCUAGGUAAAAUAUAAUAAGUAAUUUGACCAUAGGUUAUAGUGGGUGUGUGUGCCAAUAAAAAUAUAGUUAUGUUUUAAUUUUUUGUAAUGAUUUAGUUUGUUUUCAGUUGUAUUAUUAAGCUGUAGUCACAAUGCCACGAUGGAUACGACAUGACACGACAAAUCUGAUUAGACAUUGUACAUCGCUCCAGCGUGAAGAUUUAGUAGUGUAGGGCCACAAUACCAUGAUAGUAUUAACACAACCAACUCUAAUAUGGCUGUCGGAAAAUCUUCCCAUGCCAAAUGUGUCUAUAAAAUGCAGCAUGCAAUGUGCAAAAAACAGUGUAGGGCCAGUAGAAAGCAUAUUUUCUGUUGACAGUUAAUGUGCAUAAAACAUAAUAACAUUUAGUCGUGUCUGGCAUGAAGUGAUAUAAAAUUUAUUUUAGAUACAAGGAAGCAAGAUUUAUUUAUGUUAAUAUGGGACAGAAAAAUAAUUCUGCUGUUAGAUACGCAAAGAAUUAAAAUUAAAUCUUGACUAAAUGUAGAAUAAUGUUGACCAUAAACACGAUGAUAUCCUUUUACAUAAACAGUUUAAUGUACACUAAAAAUAUGAAAGUGUAACCCACAUAUAAAAUGAAAUUUUGUUUUUUGGCAUAAAGGUUUCCCAGUAGUAAAUAUUUGUUGAAGUUUAGUUUUGUAAGGCUUCCAUUAUGCUUUUCAUCGUGCGGCAUGUUACAAUAAAAUUAGAAAUAUAAUCUACUUCUUGUGGGCUGCCGGGGCAUGUAUUUUGUUGUGUGGACAUCAUAGUGACCUUGUAUUCAAUUGGCUACUGAGCGUGUCAGGCCUGUCGCGGCAAUGUGACUCCAGCUUUACACUGCAACAGAUAAUGCCAGUUUGUAAUAGUUUUUCUUUAACUGACUUUUUUUUUGUAAUGGGUACAGGUAUGGGAGUUGAAACCAAAUAGUAUAUAGCAUAUUUGUCUAGUCAUUAUCAUAAAAUAAUGGCUCUUUGAACUAAUGCAAACUAAGCAUUACCAAAGAAAAUAUUUCUGUGUGGAAAUAUUUUUAGCUUACAUAGUAAUUUUAAUACUGAGAUACAAAAUUGUGUAAAAAAAUAUACUGUUUAUGUAAAUUUGCUGACAUUUUAAGUGCAAUAAAUUGUUCCCUGUGAUUGAAUAAUGUAAUGAAGAAGUUGUUGAAGAGAGAGCAUAUUGGAAUGUAUGUGUCAAGGUUUUUUGAAACUUAAUAUAUAUAUAUAUAUAUAUAUUAUAUUUAGAAAAAUAAAUUUGAAAGUUAUUUGUAAAUUGAUGAACCUAAUAUCUAACUGUGAAAUAUGUACGGUAAGGGUUUCAAUGCAGAAUGUAAAUUGCGAUAUUGUGUAGCAUUUAGAUGGAAUUACUUAGAAAAUAUUUCAACAUUAUAUUGUUUAUUACUAUCCAAACUAAUAUAUGUUUUGGUUCCAAAGUGUGAUGUGUAUAAAUAAAACAAUGUGAAAUAAAAAUUUUUUUCAGACUUGCAGCAAUUUAUAAAAAAAAAAUCCCAUUGUGAACUGGCUGUCUGUUAAGUAUGUGGUUUGAGCACAAAAAAAAACCAAAGUAGUAAUUAUUGAAUGCAUAAUUUUUUCAUCUUAUUGCUUUCUAUAAAAUACUACUUGAUAGAAUCUUCCUCUUGUUUCCAUGUUAGUUACUUUAGGAGAUAUUUUAAAUUCAUAAUAAACCAAAUUUUCCAGCAAUUCACUCAUGUGCUAAUACUACAUGCUCAUACAUUUAUUUUUCAACAUUGUUAGCAUGAUAUGUAGUGUCCUUGUUGCUGUUAUGCAGCUCGUAAAUCUCAACAAAGGCACACCUUUUCACUACAUUGACAGUUUCCAUCCAUAUUGUUGACUCAUCUUGUUUUCUCCACAAUAGACUUGAGUUAAGCGGCAAUUCAGGGGGGCUAAGUUUGAGAUUUUAUGAGCUGUCUCACACAGCUUGACACAUGUGGCAAUUUUGGUAAGCUCCACUGCAGCAGACUUGAAUACAUCUUUGGUAUGUGACGCGAGUGCUCUGUGUUUGAUGCCGAGUUUUAUUUUAUCAUGUUGCCAUACAUGAAUCUAGUAGGGAAAUAUUAACAGUGCA